CAAAUGACACAUAUUUCCGGAGGAGGUGCUAAAGUUCUGUCUCCAAAUCCCGCCAGAGAGUCCUUCUCCACUCCAGAGAAACCUGCUCCGGCCCUCAGUGCAGAAACCUAACUGAAGCAACAGGAUGUGGAACGAAAAGAAGAGUCCACCUGCCGACCGCGGUCAGUUUGUAGCCGUGAUCAUCUUUGUGCUCGGUCUGGGAACCUUGCUGCCCUGGAACUUCUUCAUGACGGCCUCUCAGUAUUUCAACCAGCGCCUCGCAGCGACACCAAACGGCAGCUCCAACGGCACGUCAGACGGCUCAACUAAAGACUACAACUACGACAGCUGGAUGGCCUUGCUUUCCCAGCUGCCCCUGCUGAUGUUCACUCUGCUCAACUCUUUCCUGUAUCAGUUGGUGAGGGAGCGUCUCCGUGUCGCCUUCAGCCUCAUCUUCAUCCUCCUGUUCUUCUGCAUCACUGCCGCUCUGGUCCAGGUGCCCAUGCAGCCGGACACCUUCUUCUCCGUCACCAUGGCAACCAUCUGGUUUAUCAACAUGUGCAGUGCAGUGCUGCAGGGCAGUCUGUUCGGUCUGGUCGGCCUGUUCCCUCCUCGUUACAGCACUCUGUUCAUGAGCGGUCAGGGUUUGGCCGGGAUCUUCGCCGCACUCGCGAUGCUCUGCUCCAUCUUAAGUAAUGCUGGUAAAAGCUCGGCUGCGUUGGGAUACUUCAUCACUCCGUGUGUGGCGACUCUGGUGACGCUGCUGUGUUACCUGCUGCUGCCAAAGCUGGAAUUUGCUAGUUUUUACCUGAACAGAAGUCACUCUGAAAACGUGGAGACCUCACAGGAACUCAGCAGCAUCACAGACAAGAAAGUCUUGAACAACAAAGACCUCGAGGCCAAAGGGCAGUUCAUCGGUACGCUGGAAGAGAAUCAGGAGCGUUCGUCCGUCCUGAAUGUCUUCAAAAAGAUCUGGCUGAUGGCUGCGUGUGUGACCUGCUUGUUCGCCGUCACCCUGUCAGUGUUUCCUGUGAUCACGGUCCGAGUCCAGACCGUCUACAAGGACAACGCUGCCUGGGACAAAGUGUUCACCUGCAUUUGCUGCUUCCUCGUUUUCAACGUUAUGGACUUUGUCGGCCGCUUCGUCCCGUCUCUCAUCCAAUGGCCCUCCAAGGAGAGCCGUCUGUUUCCUGCCGCCGUGUUGUUACGUCUGGUCUUCAUCCCGCUGUUCAUGAUGUGCAACAUCCCGAACUCCAGGCUCCCCGUCCUCUUCAGUCACGACUGUGCCUUCGUCGCCAUCAUGGCCCUGUUCGCCUUCUCCAACGGGUACCUGGCGAGCCUCUGCAUGGCCUACGCUCCACAGUUGGUUCGGUGUAAAGACUGCGAGACGGCCGGCUCCCUGAUGUCCUUCUUCCUCGUCCUGGGUCUGGCACUGGGAGCGUCAUUAUCCUUCCUACUGGGAAAACUGGUUUAGACAACUGGGACAAGUAGACCACGUGAGACUUUGUUGAUUUGUUUUGCAAGAAUCUGGUUUUAAACAAGGCGAAGCACCAAACAUGUGAUGAAAUGUCAGCUUCAUCCUGUCAAAAGACAAAACAAUGAAAGCACUUUGAAUAAUAACUGUUAUUGUUGGCUUAUUAAGAAUAUUGAUAUUAUACAUAUCAGUAUAAAAACGUCUUUCAUUUUCAGUCCCAUCACUGGUGAGAAGAAAUUAAAAAAGCCCUUUUAAUGUAGAGAAAUUUGAAUAAAAGGUUUUUUAGAACAGUUUUGAUAAGGGAAUGUUUUUAUAUUAAUGUAUUUUUACACGUUUUUUUACUUCGUUUUUAUUGUUUGUUUAUUUAUGUGGUUUUUGUACGAUAUCGUACACUUUAUUUUUAUAAAGCAAAAGCAAUUUUCUCUUGGCUUUCGUAAUAAAAUACGCAAAAUUGUCAUUGUUGUGUGUUUUUAUUGUGUAUUUGUACAUCAAAUGAGCUUGGCAGUGACUCCAAGACUAAUUCAUUAUCACCUGUAGUAAUGUGAGCAGUGGCUGCCGG